GAGACACGUUUCCUACAACAGACAUGACAGCCUCCGGUACACAGAGCACCACGGAUAGCUUAGCUUUGUGAUCUUAAAUUACUGAACUGAACUCCACAAUGGUUAUGGACUCACAUCCCUCCGACACUGUCACCAUCCUUCGUGUCAGAGGGCCGCUGGAGUUCAGAUGUCAGCUGGACAGCACAGAUGCGCUGAUCAUUCAAAAAGUAAUCUCAAGAACAUUUGAGACCCUCCGUUCCAAGGUGAAAUCUGAGUCCUGUGUUCUCACCAUCUGUGACAGUCCUGUUAUUAUUUGGCCAAACAAAAGUGGUAAUGCACCGUGUGAAGAUUUACAUCAGUGGAUACAGACAAAUGAACAAGAGAGCAAGAGAUCUUCAAAAAAGAAAAACAAGAAGAGCUCAGCAGUGAAUGUCAUAAACCUUCACCUGAUGAUGGACAUGACCACACGAGGCCCAGCCUCAGCUCCGAUCCUCAGCAGAACAGCCCAGAAUUCACACUUUCUGUCUACAACUCUUCCCAUGGACUGUGUCGUCCGCACCAGCUACAGUGACACCACAAAAAAAGCCUGUGAGCACCUGGUGGAGGCGCUAACUCAUCAGCUGUGUGAGAUGGAGAAAGUGACCCUGGAUCACAUGAAAGGAACCACGCUGCUGGUCCCUGAACCGCUCCACUUCCUCCUCCCAGAGCCAAAAGGACUGGUGACUGUGGUAUAUCCAGCAGGAGUGCCUGACAGCCAACUAGAGACACAGCGCAGGGAAUUACAUCAACGCUUUGAGCUCCCAGAAGACAAGCCUUAUUUUAGAAGAGCCAAUGCUUACCACUUUCCCAAUGAACCCUUCAAAGACGGUUACCUCCGAAACCCCCAUCAAGUCCUCACACAUCCCACCCUGGACAACGGAAAGGUGUACUUGGUCCAAGGGAUCUACAGCUAUCACCACUACAUGCAGGACCGUAUGGAUGACAAUGGCUGGGGCUGCGCUUACCGCUCCCUCCAGACCAUCUGCUCCUGGUUUCAGCAGCAAGGCUACGUAGAGCGGUCUGUACCCACUCACAAGGACAUCCAGCAGGCUUUAGUGGACGUCGGAGACAAACAAUCUUCCUUUGUGGGAUCACGUCAGUGGAUUGGAUCUAUUGAGGUUCAGGCUGUUCUGAACCAGCUGCUCGGGGUCACUUCCAAGAUCAUGUUUGUGAGUCAGGGGUUGGAGUUGGCGUCUAAAGGCAGAGAACUGGCCAACCACUUCCUUACUGAAGGGUCUCCCAUCAUGAUUGGAGGGGGAGUUUUGGCUCACACUAUCUUGGGUGUGGCAUGGAGUGAGACCACCGGGCAGAUCCGCUAUCUGAUCCUAGAUCCACAUUACACAGGAGCAGAGGACUUACAAGUCGUAACAGACAAGGGUUGGUGUGGCUGGAAAGGACCAGAGUUUUGGGAUCAAACUGCGUAUUAUAAUCUGUGUCUGCCUCAAAGGCCAAAGGUCAUCUGAGCUCUCAGUCUGUCAGUGUGACAUCAUUUGGCAUCGGUACAACAUUAAAAACUUUAAACCGCUUUGACAGGAACAUAUCCAACUUUUCAAAUUGGUAUAAUUUCUGUAAUGAUGUUAAAUUUUUGUAUUUAACACGAACAGUUUUAGUCCAGCCUUUUAUCAAUAAUUGUUCAUAAAACAAAGGCACAGUCACAGAUUAAUGUAGUUUUUCUAUUGAAAAGAUAAACUGAUUAUACACUUCCUGUAAUUGUUAUAAUGUAAUAUGAAAAAUGUCAGUAAAAUGUACGGUAUAGGCUCUGCAGAAACUAGUGUGAACUAGUUUGAUCAUUGUUUUAUGUUAUUGGUAGACUAAAGAUCCCAAAUCCAACUCUGAUCUACUGCUGGAUGAUGUAACCUGAUGUUGUAGAAGACCUUUUCCAUUGUAC